AUGGAGGCGGCGGGGCCGCAGCCGGGGCCGGGCCCCGCGGCGGGGCCGCAGCCGGGAGCCGAGGAGAUUGACAUGUCUCUGGAUGACAUCAUAAAACGCCACAGGAAAGAGCAAACAGAUGCCAGCGCCACAGGGGACAGGCGAAGGCAGCAGGUCAAGAACAGGAAUUCGGCAUAUGGGUACGGGCGGCCCCGUUUCCGCGCGUGGAUGCAGAGGAAUUUGCAAGGACCUAACCGUUUUAGAAGAGGAUUUGGACAACAACAAUACAAUCGGAGACAAUUCCGGAAUACUGUGCCUGGUCCCAGGAGAAGAGCAGCUGCCACAUCAAAUGGAGUGAGCCCUUUAAAUCGCCAGGCAUCGUCUCAAGAGGGCAACAAGAACACCGAUGCUUUCACCACAAGCAGCAGCAGCGGGCAGCCGGAGGGACGGCGACGGCCACCCCCAGGCCCCAAGAGAUUCAGAGCAGCUGCUGCCAGCACCCACACCCCGGGGAGAAGCAGGCCUUUCCUGCUAAACAGGGGACCAGCCUUCCAGCAGAAGCGGAUGCAGCAGCGGUUCUCCAAAGCCAACUUUCAGAGAGGGCAGAUGGAUGCUAAUGGAGAAGGGAAACCACCAAGGAUGAGAAGGUGGCAAGUGAAACCCAGCCCUGGAGCAGUUCUGACGGUUUCUGUGGCUAAUCCCCAGGCAGGCCAGACUGGCGCGCCCCGAUCCAAGCGCCCGUUCCUGCGAAGCCAGAGGCCCCCACCGCGGGCAGCCAAGCCCCAGCCCAAGGGGGUGCUGCUGAGAUUCAACUUUCGCGCGAUGGCCAACCAGACCAGCCUGACGCUGGAUGAGAGGUUCUCUGGUCUGAGGAAUAAGAGGCGCUUUACAGCAGCCAGGAGUGCCGGCCGGACGGUCACCAUGCCUUAGCACCGCAUGCUCGUCACAGGGACUGCCCAUAACAGUCCAGGCCCCGUAAUGGGCAGCUCAAUAAAACUCGAUACGAUUUCCUCUGAGAUAGCUAAUUUGGCAAUGUGCCGUCUCCUUCCUUACAUGCAGAAUGAAUGAGUGAUUGAGGGCAGGGACGAGGCAGGAUGAGAGUCAGGGCCAGAGCACAGGGCAAGUGGGACAUGAG